AUGGAUCGACGGCGGUACGGUAGACAUGUUCAACCACGAGUCCAGAGUGUGUCGCAAUACACGACAAUUGUGAGCGCGGCAGCCACGUCGAGAGCGCCUUCCUCACCACCGCCCUCCCCUCACCACGCAGACCCGCAGCGUCGCCGACACUUGACCUUUCUACCCACUACGCCGCAUCAUCUCAGGCAUAGGCGCAUCGCCGGCCUAGUCGCUCCUUCCCCCAGGCGCUUAGUAGAGGAUCUGGUAUUCUCGCUCCCAUUCACCACACCAGCGCCCCUCUCCACUGCUGUUGGCAACCAGUGUACGGGCAAUCAUCGUCUGCCAUCCACUGCUUGCUUGACCAUGUACACUACUCUUCCCCCCAUCCUCGAGUCUGGAAACAGUUUCUCGAGGAACUGUCUCCAGCCUCCAUUCCCCGUUCCCUGUUCUCCAUGCCCACGUUUCGAAACGCAUGCGCCUGCCAUGUCUGCCUCGCCCACAAUAUCUCACAACGCUGACAGUCCCACUCUCAAAAGGGCUUUCUCUACACCUAAUUCUUCUUUCCCUUCCAAGAAACUCGAGCAGUCAUUCACGCACUGCAUCCUCCAACCGCAAGCUCCAUAUUAUUCACAUAGCUCCAACGACCACUGUUCACGCUUGGCAACACACACUACGACUCGGAGACCCAGCAUGGUCCAGACUAGUGCGCGAACAUUCAUGCCCAUGCCGUCCUUCGGCGCUGUAUUCGGGGGAGAUCACCACAACAAGGGACAGAAUGGCGGCAAUGUAGUACGCCCUGCUACGAGCCCCAACACCAACUCGGGCGCACCCUUCUCCUCCUUCCAUAUUCACCACGACAGUCGCGACAGUACAUCGACGGGCUCCUCCGAUAACUCCCCAACCACAACCAUCUCCACCAUGGACUCGUCGUCUGUAACAGAUCCCUCACCGGGCGUGUCACCCGAAUCACCUCUCGCAAAGACAAUUGCGUCUUCAUCCUUCGUCGCCGACUUCAGGUCGCGGAGGACAGAACCCUCAGUCGGAGACCCCGCAGCCGGCCCUUUCUUCGAGCUACAGCGUCCGACAACACCUGCGAAGAAGCCUCGGAAUCUCAAAAACCUUGGUAUCAACACUGCGUCUUCACUCAGCAACUUGCGCGCGCAUACACCUGCACCCAUCGCAGUAGCACCAAAAGAGAAGAAUAGCUCGGCACCACCAUCACCGUUGUUUAUCAAGCCACCGACACCGCCGAGGCGCCGACCAUCGAACUUGAGUUUAACAAUCUCGACCCCCGGUAGCAACGAGAGCAAGCCUGUACGACUGCUAAUACCCUCAACACCGUCCUUCAACCGCCCACCUCUUCGUCAUUUCCAGUCAUCUCCAUCACUACCAUUAUGUUCACCAAGUACGAAUCCUAUGGGUGGCAUGCAGCUGCCUCCCCUACGUCCUGUUGCACCCAAGCCAAGUGGUCUUAGCGAAGUUCCCUUCGAGAUGGAAGAAGAGGAGGACCAGGAACCGAAUUUUGAUGUGCCGCAAUCACGGGAGGAGAAGCCGGCUGCGUAUCCCAAUGGACCUAUUUGUAUCUACGAGUCUGGCGUAUAUCUUUACUUCGAGCCAACCGCCGUACAAGCCACGACCUUCGAUGUUAUCAUCAACGUCGCGAGCGAAGUAAAGAACCCCUUCACCUCGUCGACGGAGGAGUCUCAAAAAGACAUUGACGCUAGGCGCAUAGAUGGCCCCCCAGCGGAGAACGUUGAUUUUGCCACCCUGGCGCAGCGACCGAAGCAGUCGUUUGGUAUGGAAGAUAGCUCGCCGACAACACCAAAGGCAACAGCACCGGUCAUGCAGACAAUACAACCACGCGAAGUUGUCAUUGAUGGCAAGACAUACAAGACCCCAGAGUACAUUCACAUGCCCUGGGAGCACAACACAGAUAUUGUCCCUGACCUUCACAAGUUGGUCAAGAUGAUCGAUGAGAGAGUGCAGCGAGGCAAGCGGGUACUCAUUCAUUGCCAGUGUGGUGUCAGUCGCUCUGCGAGUUUGAUCGUUGCCUACGGUCUGUACAAAGACCCGCAGAUGAGUGUACAAGAAGCAUAUGACAAGGCAAAGAAGCGAAGCAAAUGGAUCGGGCCGAACAUGAACCUCAUUAUGCAGCUGCAAGAGUUUAGGAACAGCUUGUUAAGACAGAACGAGAGCCGCUCAUAUCACAACCAAGGCUAUGGACGUCGGUCUGCCGGUCUCCCUACAUCUCGCUCUACCGGAAACAAAUACGACAGAGACUCUGAUCCAGGUUCGCGUACUCCACGAACGGCACCACUUCCACCCGACAGCGAUAUCAGUAUGCAGCGGGCCAGCACAGGCAAUAUGAUGGCCAUAUCCCCAGGUCCUCUAUCCGCGCCCACUGGGGCUUUCUCACCUGGUUUCCGUCGGUCUUGGGACUCUAGCCCAGCACACUUUGAACUUCCAUCGCCACCUGUCCCGAUGACGACACCCUAUGUUGAUCCAAAGGGUCAUGUCGUGCCUAUGGUGUCUGUGACCAACGACGACCUGCCGACCAUUCAGACCGAAGAUGUUUCCGACGACCACGAGCUUCCAGAACCCGCGUUCAGACUUUCCGCUGUUCCCAACUUUUCACGUCAACUUCCGUUACGGUUAAGCCAGAGCAACGAUGAGAGCGCAUCGUCUGGAACAGAGGAGAGACAUCUAGCGCCUUUGCGACCAUCAGGGUUCGAGUUCGAGCCGCUGAGGUCCCCUGCUGUAGCGAGCUUCAACAUACCCUCUUUCACUCCUUACGAAUCAUCAGAUUCCGAGGUUAUGUCGCCAAUCAAAACCUCCUUUGACAACCCAUGGCCGACAGGCUAUGAUCUGGAUAGCCAACCUCAAGCGUCCGUGCAUGAAGAACUCGAUAGAGACAGCAAGGAGCGAUUCUUUGCUCCUCUGUCGCCCCGCGCUACUUCCUUCGAGCUGGGACAACCUGCACCAUCGCAAGCUUCACAUCAUGAUGACCGUCAUGAAGUGCCUAAGGUUACUUCUCCGCUCGCUUCAGACUUCCCCAAAGACGUUUUUGGUAACACGGAUGCAAGCCUAGAAGAUGAACUGAAGUCUCCACGCGCUACGGAAUUCCACAUGACACCAUUGAAGCCAAGGAUGGCAGACGAGGAUCCAUUUGGCUUGACAUCACCAACAAGAGCAGAUUUCAACCCGUUCGACCGACCCAGCAUAGCGGCUAUCAAGGACUCUGAAGUCGAGGAUCGACGUCCUUCCUUCCAGGCUAUCCUUCCGCCUGCACAUCAGACUUUCAACGGGUUUGCAUCACUCGACGGUACAGCGCAAACAAACGCCAUCUUUGAGCCCCCUAGUUUCAUGUCUAUGUCCCCGCCAAAACUUAGCCAAGCAGCCGGACCACGCUUUGACAGUCUUAGCAAUUCUCCCGAAAAUCAAGCCUCGGCCCCUAUCGACUCGGCUGCACCUGUUCCUGUAGCGUUCCCCAAGGCACCGGAUACUCCCCGAUCUCCUAGCGAAACUUUCCUUUCAACUCCCGCAAAGGCCAUUCGAACUAGGUUCUCAUCACCGAACAUGCGCGAACAACGGAAGUUGCACAAGCUGCAGACAGAGAUCCAGUCAAAGCUCCCAAAGCCACCUGCUCCACAACAUGCUGCGGACGACAUCGAUGCAAUCAUGUCACCACGGGCAGAAGAGUUUACAAGGAAUCCGUUUCACUACGAUAUCCAGUCCUCUGGUGACGACGCGAGUCCAGUGUCUUCCAAUGAGACGAUCAAGGACGGACGCAACGGCCAUGUCGCUUGGGAAGAGCCACUACCCAGGCAAUGGACACCAGAAAAGGCUGCUGUUGACCCUCGGAGUCCAGUCCAAACGGGCAGUAACCCCAUCGUCCGUAACAUCUGGGACGUGCUAUGA